CAAAAAGAGGUCAACAAUUGACCAUCCCUUUUAUUGUCUGCUAAGAAUGAUCUAAAACAUUAGCUAGAAUGGAUCAAAACGUACGAUUUCAGCCGCUCAUAAGCUCGAUACAGAAGGUGGCCUUGUUUGAGACGAAAGCCAAACUCUACCUUAUCGGAAGCAAUAGCCAGGAAACCCGUUUCCGCGUCCUGGAAAUCGACCGACGUGCACCGGAUCUUUCAAUCUACGAAAACCCGAACGAGCUGGAAAAGGCUGACAUCCGAAAGUUUGUCCAGUCCCGUUCCUUCACCCGUUCGAUCAGUGCGUACGGUGUGUUGGGGUUUGUUAAAUUUCUCGAAAGCUACUACCUGAUACUGGUGACCAAGCGGACACGAUGCGCCUUCAUUGGCAAGCACAUUAUCUACACCAUCAAGGACACGGCCAUGAUUCGGGUGAACGAAUCAUCCGGCAAACAAAUGCAACCGCUCGAGCAGCGCUACUUGAAAAUGUUCAACAAUGUCGAUCUGAACAGUAAUUUCUACUUUAGCUACAGCUAUGAUCUUACGCACAGCUUGCAGUACAAUCUGGCACCACCGAAGUUCGUCGGCAGUCGGUGCGAUAUUGUGCGCGACGAGCCGCUCGUAUGGCAGAACCGCACCGGGGAGAAGACAACCUACGCCUUCCGCGGUGUGUCCCGGGAGCGGUUUGUGUGGAAUUCGUUUCUGCUCAAACCAAUGGGUGGCAUCGUGCACAAGGACUGGAUGUUGGAAAUAAUUCACGGAUUUAUCAGUCAGUCGAGUAUAAACAUCUUCGGACGGCAGGUGUACGUAUGUUUGAUUGCGAGGCGCAGUACACGGUACGCGGGUACUCGGUUCCUUAAGCGUGGCGCUAAUUUCCACGGAGACGUAGCGAACGAGGUGGAAACGGAGCAGAUCGUGCAGGAUGGCAAUCGGAAGUGCAGCUUCACGCAGUUGCGCGGUUCGGUGCCGUCGCAUUGGUCGCAGGAUGUCAGUAAGAUGGUUCCGAAGCCCCAGAUUGCCAUUGAUCUGUCCGAUCCGUAUGGUGAAACGGCCGGUAAGCACUACCAGCGGCUGAUGUUUCACUACGGAGCGCCGGUUAUCAUAUUGAACCUUGUGAAAACGCGUGAAAAACGACGCCACGAAAGUUUACUAAGCGAAGAAAUGCAAUCGACCGUAUGCUAUCUGAACCAAUUCCUCCCACCACAGCAGCGCAUCCGUUACAUCGACUUCGAUAUGGCACGCAAAAGCCGUGGCAAGGGAAACGUGAUGGAGAAGCUGGCCAAGAUUGCCGAUACGGUCAUACAGCAGACGGGGUUGUUCUAUCUGGAUGACGAACGGAGCCAAAAGCAGACCGGGAUCGUGCGGGUGAACUGCGUGGACUGUCUCGAUCGCACCAACACGGCACAGUUUGCGAUAGGGAAGUGUGUUCUGGCGCAUCAACUGUACGAUCUUGGGUUUUUGAAAGAGCGCAAGCUGGAGUUUGAAUCUGAUUGCAUUACAAUGUUGGAAAAUCUGUACGAGGACCACGGUGACACACUGGCCAUGCAGUACGGUGGGUCACAGUUGGUGCACCGCAUUAAAACGUAUCGCAAAACGGCCGUUUGGGCGUCACAGGGCAACGAUAUUAUGCAAACGCUCAGCCGGUAUUAUAGCAAUACGUUCAGUGAUACGGAGAAACAGCAUAGCAUCAAUCUUUUCCUUGGUUAUUACAUUCCCUCCAAAGCGGAGGUGAACAAAACUCUCCACAUCUGGGAUUUAGAGACGGACUUUUACAUCCACAACGCGCGGUUCGACGAAAUCACCCAAAUCUCGUCGAUUCCACUGACCCAGUGGAUCAGUCCGUUCGUGAUGAACUGCCUGCCGGCGGCAGUGAGCGACGAAAACCGUGUCGUCAAAGAGCUCAUCAAGAUCCACUCGAACGAUGCGGAAAUAAUUGACUACUACUCGAACUUUCACUACGACUACAAACUAACCUCGUUCGAGGAGCACAUCGACUACCAGCUGAGCCACCAGUCGCGCAACCUGGUGCCCGCCUUUCGCUCCCAUUUCAGCCCCUUCGAACCGAUCCGGCGGAUGGAGAAUGCGGGACUGAAAAAUCCUUCGCUCACCGGCCAAUCGUCAACCAGCUCGACGAAUAGUUCGUCGUCCGAUCGGUCCGACGAUGAGUCCGAGUCGGACGACGAGGAUAAGGGCAAUCGGAAUGCAACGGCAGCGAGCAGUAGCAAUAACAGUAGCCGGGCGGAGGAUCCCGUCACGCUCAGCUCCAUGUUUCCGAUGACGAACGACAUCUAUGGGUUUGAAAUUCAAAUGCCCAAAAAAGCGGAUAUGUUAAAGUACGAAAAAUACGCCGAAAUCAAUCGGAUCUGCAGUCCCUUCGGAGGACCGGCACGACCGUCCUCCCCGCACCAGUACAAUCGACACGCGGCAAUGAACGAAAGCGGGGGACUUUCGAUACAGAACAAUGAAAUAAUCGUUGCCAACGGGCCAGCAGAGCAGGACUUGCAGAACGAUGUUCCGAUUCCGACGGUGAGCGCAGAAAGCAUAGCGAUCUACGAGAAGUACUGCCUGCUGAAGGACACCAUCAUACAGGGAUACCGGUGUGACCCAAAGAUCCUGGAGUAUGUGAAUAUGUUCGCUUGAACUUAGGCGAUCGUGGAUGCCUCGGAGAUUA